AUGAGCAAUUUAAGGACGGAUCUUAUUAAAUUUGAUGACGGAAUAGCUAGCAUCAAUACAUCAUCUGCAUCUGAUAUUGUUUUCAACGGAAGUCCAGAGGAAAAUAAUGUUUUUGAUCGUUAUUCUUCUGAAAGCACGGAACAGCCAGGCGAUUCUGUAGAGGAUUACUCUACAAUUUCUUCUGGGAUUGAAGAGCUAAAACAAAACACACAAAAGGGAAGAGAAGAAAUUCAAGAACUUAAAAAUCGAUUGAAACAAAAGGAAGAUGAAUGCAAGCAGAUUGCUUCAAAGCUUAACAUUGAAAAGAGUUUUAAUGAUAGCUACGACGAACCAAUAAAUGAAAACGAUCUUAGACAUAAAGUCAAACUAUCAUCAGAAGCAGAUAAGAUUAGACAACUUAUGUCAAAACUCUCAACAGCACAAAAAGAAAUCGAACUCAAAGAUAAAAUUAUUGAUGAUCUUAGACGUACUAUUGAAACUCAAAAGAAUGCUGUAAUUACUACCAAAAAGGAUGUUAUUGUUCGUAAGCCAUGUACAAAAUGCUCUGUUUUACUCAAAAAACUCGAAGGUUCACAAAAUCAAUUAUACGAAGUACAAGAAGUGCUCGCUAAGCAAACGAAUGAGAUGAAUCAAUACAAAUCAGAACUUUCAACUCUCAAAGAUGAGAAUUUGAAGCUGAAAAACGAAAAUGAAGACUUGAAGACUAAAUUGAUGGAAGCUCAAAUCAAAAUCAGCAAUUAUGAAAAGUAUCCUAAUGAAUUAACAGUUACUGCAUCCAUUAUACAAGGACUUUCGCUUGAUAAGUCACUUGAAAAUGAUAUAUUGAAUAUUAUUGAACAUGAACAUUUGAUGGAAACAAGCAAAGUUCAGUGCAUCUUUACAAGGAUUGCAAAGUAUGUAGAAGAUGAUCAUAUUAUGCUUGAAGGUAAGAUCAAACAAGCUAAAAGUGAAUUGGCCGCUCAACGCUCUCUUUUCAAUGAUUUUCUUACAUCACUAUCUAUAAUUGUUGAAGAUACUCCUUUGACAGUUGAUAACUUAAACAGCAAACUUGCAAACACAGUUCUUGAAAACAUCAAAGCUUUAAGAACGCAAAACACAUCUCUUGUUUCAGAAGUUGCCAAGUACAUGCCAGUAAUGGAAGCUUUAGUUUCUCUAGGAUAUGAUAAUUCCAUGAGUCCACAGAAAUAUGCAACAUACCUUCAGACCACAAUUGAAAAGCUGUGCGAUACAAUCAAAAAACAGAAAAAGAAACUCGGAAAGAAUGCAGAAGUUAUCAAUCUCUUGGCCACAGAGAUGCAUAACAUCGAAAACGAGAAAGAAUCUGAAAUGGAGAAAGCAAGGAUCCAAAUACAAGACCAUAAAAUGCAGCUUGAAUCAGUGCUUAACGAACUUGGACAGUCAAGAAAGACAAUUACUGAAAUGUCAUCCGAAAUGCAAAAAUCACAAAUGGAGAUUCAAGAUACAAAGAGAUCGUUAAUAGAAGAAAGAAGAAUUAUCGAUGAAAGGAAGAAAGAAAUAAUGCUCGUUCCACAAAGAAAUGAACAAUCACAGAUUUCUCAGAGUGAAGAUGUGAAAUCUUAUGUUGAAACGAUAAUGAAGCUCAAAAUCAGAUUAGCAAAAGUUAAACAAGAAAAUGUUUAUCUGAAACAAAUAGUUAAUCAAUUUGACCAACUCAAAGCAGCUGCCAAAAGUAAAGAUGAAGAGCUGGCUAAGCUUAAAGAAGAGUUUACAAAAUAUCAGCAAGCUGCUGACGCUUAUGAACAGAUGACAAAGCAAAAUCUUGUUAAGGCAUAUGAUAAUGCAAUAGCUGAGCUUAUGAAGAACCUAGAGAGUUACAGAAAUAAUCUUGUUAAACUCUCUGCAGCAGAAGCUCAGUCAAGAUCGGAUUGCGAAAUUCUUAUAUCAGAAAACGAACAGCUAACAGAACGUGCUGAGAAAGCUGAGGCCGAACUUGAGUCAUUAAGACUUGAAUACCUUAAUUCAAAGAGAUUGAAUGCAUUAACUGAAAAGUUUAGACUUGAAAGUAAGCAAAAUUCCGUUUUCUGA